AAAAUCGAAAAAGAGAGGAGAGAGAAAGGCGAGUGAGGAGAGAUCUCCAAGAGGAAGAGAGAGAGAGAGAGUUGAAGAAAAUGAAAGAUAGAGCGAAACCAGAGAAGCCGAGCGUAGACGAGAGGUACACUCAGUGGAAGUCUCUGGUUCCGGUGCUCUACGAUUGGCUCGCCAACCAUAACCUAGUCUGGCCCUCGCUCUCCUGCAGGUGGGGUCCACAACUAGAGAAAGCAACAUACAAGAACCGUCAACGUCUCUACCUUUCCGAGCAGACUGAUGGCUCAGUUCCGAAUACUCUUGUCAUAGCAAACAUUGAAGUGGUUAAGCCAAGGGUUGCAGCUGCGGAGCAUAUAUCCCAGUUCAAUGAAGAAUCACGUUCUCCCUUUGUGAAAAAGUACAAGACUAUCAUACAUCCAGGAGAGGUUAACAGAAUCAGGGAACUGCCUACAAACAACAACAUAAUAGCAACUCAUACAGAUAGUCCUGAUGUGCUCAUUUGGGAUGUGGAGGCACAACCCAAUCGUCAUGCUGUUUUUGGAGCUACAGAAUCUCGUCCUGAUUUGGUCUUGACAGGGCACCAAGAAAAUGCAGAAUUUGCACUCGCCCUGUGUCGUUUAGAUCCUCUAGUACUUUCUGGAGGGAAGGACAAAUCAGUUGUCUUGUGGAGCAUACAAGACCAUAUUUCUUCUUUAUCAGUUACCACGACUAGUAGGUCUCCUGGAUCAAACUCCAGUACAAAGCAGCUCCCAAGUGGCGAUGCGAAAAAUAAUGAUAGUCCUAAAAUUGAACCACGAGGGGUGUUCCAAGGACAUCAAGAAACCGUUGAAGAUGUGCAGUUUUCUCCUUCCAGUGCACAGGAAUUCUGUAGUGUAGGGGAUGAUUCUUGCCUCAUUCUCUGGGAUGCUCGCGUUGGUACUAGUCCUGCCAUCAAGGUCGAAAAGGCGCAUAAUGCUGAUCUUCAUUGUGUUGAUUGGAACCGCCAUGAUGAAAAUCUUAUUUUAACAGGAUCUGCUGACACUACUGUUCGUUUGUUCGACCGUCGUAAACUCACUUCUGGUGCUGUUGGGUCACCUUUGCAUAUAUUUGAAGGUCACAAAGAUGCUGUUUUGUGCGUUCAGUGGUGCCCUAACAAGGCAUCAGUUUUUGGGAGUGCUGCAGAGGAUUCUUUUCUAAAUGUUUGGGAUUACGAAAAGGUAAGUAAGAAGGUAGAGGAUGCUGGAAUAAAGACACUGAAGUCAUCUGGUUUAUUCUUUCAGCAUGCAGGACACAGAGAUAAGGUCGUUGAUUUCAACUGGAAUACAGAAGAUGAAUGGACCAUUGUUAGUGUAUCUGAUGACUGUGCAAGCACUAAUGGUGGUGGGACUCUGCAGAUAUGGCGCAUGAAUGACCUAAUCUACAGGCCGGAGGGGGAAGUUUUGAGCGAGUUAAACACCUACAAAGAGCACAUACUAUCAUGUGCACCACUUCGAGCCUGAAAGCUUCGAUAGAGAGCUCAACUCCUUGCUCUAGGAGUUGACUGUACUGCUUUUGAAAGAUAUUCCUAUGUAAACAGAGGUUAUGCUUGUAACUGUUAAUCAUAGAUUCAACUAUUUUCUAGCUGGUCUGUAGAUUGAUUUGCUUGUGGAACUGUUAACUAUAUCGGCAACUUGGGAGUUGUAACUAGUGUUGAAACUAGCCAAGACUUCGAUAUUUUUGGGGACAGCCUUUGUUUUCAUUUUUGCA